AUGCUGAAAGGCAAUGUGACGAUGCAAGAUCUCUUUGCUCGAAGAUCUCUCCGCUCGGGAAGAUCCGCCUGCUCUAUAGAUCUCGACCUGCUCCACCAACCAGUCUUUGAUUGGACGCCUUACCCGAUUUACGCCGCAUCUCACCAACCUCCCCUCCACAACGCCAUGGUCGGCACUGGAGGUCGAAGCAAAGGGUGUCGAACCUGCCGACGUCGCAAGGUGAAAUGCGAUGAAGGAAGGCCACUAUGUCAACGCUGUCACAAAGCCGGCUUCGAAUGUGACGGCUAUGUAGAAUUUCUCCACUUCAUCGACGAAACAAGCCGACUCAAAAAGAAAGCAGCGCAAAGAUCGUCACUACCGAACUCAGGCUUCACGUCUCUCGACACUUCGAAGCCUGGCUCAUAUCAAGUUCCCGAUUUCAACAAGAUCAAUUCCAACUUCCCAUUGACCGUUAACCCAGCAUGGAAUGAGAAUGAUAUUUUGAACACUUACCUUUUCCGAGGAAUCUUCGAUUGGAAUGAGGAUUCUGGAUCCCCGCCUGCGCCAGCAUGGGACUCGAUACUCCUUGGUCAAGACCAACAACUGGAAUUAUCAAAGGCCUCGGUGCGGGCAUUGAGCAUGGUGUAUUUCGCCAAAGUCAACAAGCAAUACCAACUUAUGCUGGGAGGUGCAAAGCUCUAUACUCAAGCUCUUGGAAUUCUGCAGGUCAAACUACAGUGUCCAGAGCAAGCUGUUGGGGACGACGUGCUCGUUGCUAUCAUUUUGCUCGCUACGUAUGAGUUGAUAUGUCUGACGCAUCCGGAGGCUUGGCUCUCGCAUUAUAAAGGGCUAGCGAAGCUGAUAGCUCUGAGAGGGCCAUAUCGUCACCAAUCUGGCAUUGGAUUCGCCCUCUUGCCUACAAUCAGGUCCUCCAUCGCGAUCGGAUAUAUCGUGGAACGAAAACGAUGUUUCCUCGAGCAACUCUCAUGGAAAACCAUCCCCUGGGCCAAACGGGGCCUCGAAUCAAAAACAUCAUCCGAUCUGUUAGAUGACAUCCUUUGCGAUAUCCCCGGUAUACUCGAGGAUCUAAGCACAGCACUCUCACAACACCCCAACGUCCCCGGAAACACCGAGUUUACAACAUGGUAUAUCCCAAGAGUCCUAUCAACGCUGGAAGCCCUCUAUUCCUGGCGCUGGACCUGGGAGCUGGAAUUCCCUAACUCAACUUUCAUUACCACACCCGUCAAUUCCGACAGUAUAUCAUGCCUUCCUCCCAGUCCCUUCAAAUCAAUCAUUUGGUUCAGCAACCCCCAUCGCGCAACAGAACUAAUCCUCUACAAUGCCAUGCGACUCAUCCUCACCCGAUCUCUGGAAAUAGCUGGCCUCCGACAAGAUACAAAUCAACAGCAGGAGGUUAACGACCCACUUCUCCCAAUGGAGGGAAACAGGCACGAGAUCGCGACUGAAAUUUGUCGCAUGGCGGAUUAUCAUCUAAGUUGCUUCCGUCGAAACUCUGGUGCAUUCAUGCUGGUGUUUCCGUUGAAUGUUGCAUAUCUGCAUCUCGAUCCGAGCGCUACUGAGAUUAGAUCCUGGCUACAGAGUGUUAUGGCGGUAAUUGCGGACUCCCAUGGGCUUGAGAUCGGGAGAUUUGAGAAUACGCCUAGGAAAAUUGCUGAUGUGCAUGGUGGACUGCAGUGA